UUGUUUUGAUAAAGCGGAACUGGAUACAUUAGUCGAUUUGUGGUGAGUGGGAAGGAGAAAGCUGUGCACUUCGAGGCAGCAAGUGCAGUGGUUCUGUAGCAUGGCCUGAUUGUUUUUUUUUUUGCGAAGGAGAUGAUACAGCAGAGAGGAAUGUUUAACUGACUGUAACUCGUAUCAGUGAGAUUUCAGUGAUGGAAAAGGCUCCUUGGGGGACUUUCCAGGAUGAACUUGACUGGUGCGUCCAGCAGUUGCAGACUGACCUAUUGACAGGCAACACCAACCCGCAAGAAGUGGAGGAGAGGGAAGGUGUGCUCAGUUUCCUGCAGUCACAGGAGACCCCCACUGUGAGGAAGAGGCAGAUGAUGCAGAUGAUGUUUGGGGAUUAUAGGGAGAGAAUGACAAAGGAACAAAAGCCACAGGAGGAGACAGGGCCUGAGAUGCAGGGGAGUGGUGUAGCAGGCAGGGAGACACUGUUUCACAGGAGCAGGGAGGGACGAUCGGCCUGGAUCCCAAGCAACAAUUCCUUCACCUUCAACUUCUUCCCAGAUGGCAUACCGGUGCAUACGUGUACUCCCACCCAGGAGUCAAGACAACCAGACACUGUACCCCUGACUGGAGAGGGAUCUGGCUUUGCCUUCAACUUUCAGAUCCCUGAAGAGAGACCUAUAGAGUCAGAGCCCGGACCCACAGACUCCUCUGGGCCUAAUGCUGCUGCAGACGACGGAGGAGCUGGCAGAAACGGUAGCAAUGAAAAUCAGCAGGACUCCUCACAGAGCUCACUGCCUCCUGCUCCUAAAGGCAAGAAAAAUAAAAAAAACAACAAAAAGAAACCCACUGCUGAGGGAGCUGAAGAACCAAAGAAACGAUUGGCAGGAUCACAUGGAGCAGCUGUCAGUCACACUGGGGAGACUGAGCUGCUGUCUUCAGAGCAGCAAUUGGUCAGAGAGUUGGAUUGGUGUGUGGAACAGCUGGAACUAGGCUUGAGGACCCAGAAGUCUUCUCCUAAACAAAUGGAAGAGGCCUCUCGUGCACUGAAGACUUUGCGAAGUAGCAAGGCUCCCCUGGUGAAGAAGCGGCAGGUGAUGAGGUCCAUGUUUGGUGACUACAGGAAGAAGAUUGAAGAGGACAAAGCCAAGCAGGUUAAACUAAUUCAAGCAGCUGUAAAGUCAGCCCGAGUCACAGCUGUGGUGGAGCCAGUGAAGAAGCCGGUUUUCCACAGGAUAGCAGAGUGCAGAACACAGACCCAGUCUCAAAAGUCAGAUGCGCAGAGCCAGGAGGGGAUACCUGGCCCUGUCAGUGAGAACUUUGUAUUUGUCCCAACACAAGAGGAGUUCUGUUUCAAUUUCUUCUGAUCUGUUGUGUCUAUGGGACUGUGGACAGGCCUGGUCAGACCAAUAAAAAUGAUUUGAUCACCUUUGUUCUAGCUUGGUUGGCAUUAUAAAAGUUUAGAAUUGUAAUUGUUAUUUGAAUUAAAUGCAAUCUCUUGUCUACUUUUUUAUAAACGUUGUACACUUUAGGAUUACCACUCAGAAAGCACAUCAGUGGCUGAGCUAUAUGGUUAGAUGGCCCUGACACUGAACGUAUAAAAAUGAGCAGACUUGGGAUUGGUUUGAAGAAAAUGACUUGUGAGUUUUCACCAGAUGUUAACUGUGGAUUAACAAAGGUGAACCAGAAGUGAAUGGAGCAUGUUGCAUCCGCAAUGUUUAUUGAAGGCAAAUUCAUUUUUUGUCUUUUGAAUUUAUUUUGGUUCUGAUGACAUUUUGAAUGGUGUGGUGUUGGUGUGACGAAAGAUUCUGAUAUUAAAAUUUUUCUAAUCAUA